CCCUGCUGCCCGUCUGCCCGGGUCCCCGUCGCGCGUGGGCGUGAGUCCCCAAGCGGCCACAGCCCAGCCCAGCCAGGACGCCGCUCCUAAACCGGUGUGAGCUCCGGCGUUGACAGCUGGAAGGCGGCGGGGGCCGUGGCGGCGCCCCUCAUUGCUGCCCCCUUCCCCACCGAGGUGCCAGACCUGAGCCCUCCUUCUCAGUCCUGGAACAACACCCACUUCUGCAAGGACAAGGCAAAGAGAAGAUAUCACUAAGGAUACCAGGAGUCUGUGUGUGCCUAGACAUUCUGAAGGCUGACUCCACCCAAUGUCUUCAAUCCCAUUUGAAUCAUCCCUCCGAAGCCUAAAAGCCCUGUGCCCUCGUUGGUCCUAUCUGGUCGCCGUGAGUUAGAGGUAGAAAGAGGUCGUCCAGGGGCCCUCCUGUUUACACAAGCUGAGAAAGACAUAUGCUACUCAUAGUCAAGAGGGAGAACACAGACGCUAUCUAACCUCCCCCAAGACUUUCCUGGGAUCUGUUUGCUUUCCACCUCAAUGAUUUCCUUCUUCUUGGACCAUUCCCUCUUUUGCAUACCAACCCUGGUUUAGGCAAGCACCUGAGGUCAGUAAACGUCUUUAGUUUACCUCAGUUGCCUUCCUUCUGACCAUGGAGCACCACAAACCUGAGCAGCCAACCUCUGGUGAGGCCAGGACUACAGAGGCAGUCACCUCUGAAAACCAUGAGGUCCUGUCAGGACCAGAGGAGCACCCUCAAGACAAGGAUGCCGGAGAUGCUAAUGGAGCAGCUGGAGAACAGGAACCAGUAGACCAAGCUUCGCUGCCUGCCCAGGACCAGGAGAACCUUGAGUCCCCUCCACCUGAAGCUAGCUCAAGCCAAGUGGAGCCAGCCCAUGGGACUCAGACUGAGGUAGAGACAGUGGGGGCAUGCCCCAGGCCCCAGGGGCUUCCCCUGUCCCCUAGGGCCCGACAGCCCGAGCUAGAUUUCUACUGUGUAAAGUGGAUCUCCUGGAAGGAAGAGCGGACACCCAUCAUCACCCAGAGCACAAAUGGCCCUUGCCCUCUCCUUGCUAUCAUGAACGUCCUCUUUCUUCAGUGGAAGGUGAAGCUGCCCCCUCAGAAGGAAGUGAUCACAUCAGAUGAGCUCAUGGCCCAUCUUGGAGACUGCCUUCUGUCCAUCAAGCCCCAGGAGAAGUCCGAGGGACUUCAGCUUAAUUUUCAGCAGAACGUGGACGAUGCUAUGUCGGUGCUGCCUAAACUGGCUACAGGCCUGGAUGUCAAUGUGCGAUUCACAGGCGUCUCUGAUUUUGAGUAUACACCUGAGUGCAGUGUCUUUGACCUGCUAGGCAUCCCUCUGUACCAUGGCUGGCUCGUUGACCCACAGAGUCCUGAGGCUGUGAACGCAGUUGGGAAACUGAGUUACAAUCAGCUGGUAGAAAAGAUCAUCACUUGCAAGCACUCUAGUGAUACCAACUUCGUGACAGAAGGCCUGAUUGCUGAGCAGUUCCUGGAGACCACCGCAGCCCAGCUGACCUACCACGGACUGUGUGAGCUCACAGCAGCUGCCCGGGAGGGCGAGCUGAGCGUCUUUUUCCGAAACAACCACUUCAGCACUAUGACUAAGCACCAGAGCCACCUGUACCUACUGGUCACCGACCAGGGCUUCCUCCAGGAGGAGCAGGUGGUGUGGGAGAGCCUGCACAAUGUGGACGGAGACAGCUGCUUCUGCGACUCCAACUUUCAUCUGAGUCACUCCCUGGUCAGGGGGCCUGAGGCGGAAGGUGGGAGUGGCUCCCCAGAAAAGCAGCGGCAGGUAGACCAGGACUACCUGAUUGCCUUGUCACUGCAGCAGCCACAAGGCACGCUGGGGCUCAGCGACUUGGAGCUGGCUCAGCAACUUCAGCAAGAGGAGUAUCAGCAGCAGCAAGCGGCCCAGCCCGUGCGGACGCUAGUCCCCUCACCACAGGGGAGAGGAAGCGCGUCUGGACGCCCCGCCGGGGAGCGGCGGCAGAGGCCGAAGCAGGAGUCAGACUGCGCGCUCCUGUAGCUCGGCCCCAUGCGGGGCUGCCCCGUCCCUCAGCGGCGUCUCCUGCCCACGUUGCUCGCUCGGCCACUCCACUCCUGAGAUAUAUGGACGGCUGGAGGGCAGGCAGGUGGUCAGCGCCAGCGUCAGACUGGGCCAGGCCCCUGCCCCCAUGUGCCGCUGCCUGCUCUCCUCCCAGCCACCCAGCCACGAUGGCAACAUGGAGGCUGGUGGGCUGAGGCUGUCUGAUCCCCGACUCCUUUUCCCCGAACAGUGAGCGCUACUAUGCAGACUCAGGCUCCGGGGUGAGGUCCCUGAGUAGAACUUCAGCUCUGACCAGCUGGGUCCUGCUGGCCGUCCGGCAGGCCUGCCUCCGUUUCUUUCAGAGUGUGAUUUGGGUUUCCAUCUCCAUUACUUGUAAUGCCUUCCU